UCGUAAACAUACUAUGCAAAUCCCCCUUACAAAUCAAGCUCAAACUCCAUCCCGCAUGCUUCGCCAGCGCAUGUAGCAUAUGAUCCAAAAAUCCAAUCCCCGAAUUAAUCGAAAUGGUCUGGCUUUUGCUAGCUUGUGAAGCAUGGCCUUCGGAUCCAGAAAGCAGUUUUGGGUCGGUGUCGUUGGGGAAUGCGCCGCCGUCGAGGUUGAUGGCGAGGAUGAUUUUCGUUUCGUUGGUAUCGCGUGCCAGUGCUGCCGAGCGGACUCGAGGGGGGAUACUGGAUUCACCCAUUUUGGUAAUUGUCGGUGCUGGUAUUUGUUUGUGAGAGCGAUGGAUAUUGAAAUUUAGGACGAUGGCUGCGAUGUCGGGGCAGCUUCGGGAUUUUGGGGGAACCCCUGUCUGUGCUGUCCAUGACGUUCUGAAUUCUUGGUCUGCUUUUUCAACGUACAAGUUAAGCUUCUUCAGCACGAGAUCACACGACUUCUGACUUCUUAUAUUGAUAUUGCAAGGAGAGCUCAAUGGUACUACGACGAUGAAACAACAUACUACUGGCGGGCUGAAUAAUGAGGAUGCUCAAGGAGCUGCUUGGGAGGGUGGAAGAGGUGCCGUGAUUGGUGCUGCCAAAGUAUGCAUGGCCUGACUUGUAAGAGACGAAAAGGUUGAGAAGCUAACGAGUUGUCUAGUGGGGAGUUGUAUUUGGUGGUCUUGGUGGAUUGGGAUAUGCUAUGUCUCCUAUCUAUAGAGGAUUGACAAUUCAAUUCAAGGUGUAAGUGCUAAAGUCCAUCUCGAGUAUGUAUUGCAAUGCUAAGAAAUCCAAGGUUCAUUCAGAUGUCCGGUAAGACCCCUCAGAUAUCCCGUAUUUAUAUGGUGUACUUGGGAAUGCUAACCUUGGCAGGUAUGAUCAUGGGUGCUUGCUUAGAAGCAGAUCGUAGGAUCCGAGAAUUUGAAGUAAGAGUUAGAAUGCAGAAACGCAUCAUGAGAGACCGCGCUGCAUGGGAGAGAUAUGAACGAGAAUUUGAGGAACCAACUCAGGAAAAACCAAAAUGAUACCAACAUUGUAACAGCAAUUCCGGG